AUGGUUCAUGGUUCUGGCUGUGGUAUAUCCUUGUUCUUCCUGGGUGUGGCUCUCUUCAUGCAUUUUCUGACAAGGAAAACUAAAGCCAGCCAAGCCAUAAAGAUCCUCAUGAAUCUUUUCAUAGCCCUUUUUCUCCUGAACCUUUGCUUCUUGGUAAAUGAGUCAAUUGCUAAACUGAAGAUCUUAGCAGCAUGUGUGGCGAUGGCAUCAGUUCUGCACUACAGUAUGCUGGCCACAUUCACAUGGUUUUCCAUGCAGGCUUUGCAUUUGUACUUCUACCUGUUCAGAAUCCCUACAGACACCAAAUAUUACAUGUACAAGAUUUGCAUCACAGGAUGGGUUAUUCCAGUUGUGGUGGUUGUUGGACUUCUUGCUUCAAGCAAAUAUGGUUACAUUGACAUUUCUGAUGACAAUGGAACAUCAGUAACUAUGUGCUGGAUUCCUGAUUCUACAAUCUACUUAGGUGUAAACAUUGGUUAUUAUGGCAUUGUGUUCAUCUUCACUUUACCCAUAUUUGUGGUAACCAUAGUGCAGAUCAAACAGUUUGUACCUAAAGAAGCAAAAGCCCAGGAAUCUACCAAGAAAAGGUUGUUCUCUCUUCUGGGUCUUUUCUGCCUUUUGGGCAUCACCUGGGGAUUCGCUUUUUUUAGCUACGGCCCUCUGCUCCUUCCCUCCUACUACAUCUUCACCAUCCUUAACUCCUUUCAAGGAUUCUUCCUGUUUGUUUACUACUACUUCUCCAGCAAGGAUCCUUCCAGAGGACAGCAAGCAAACCAAGAGCAGUAACCUUGCUACACAGAAUGUGUACACAUCUCUUUAUGGAUAAGUUACAUGUUAUUUCCUCCCUUUCUCCUAUUUGCUUUCACCAAAAAUAACUUUCAUUUACCUAUGUUCAAUAACUACAGUGAGCUGACAACUUGGACAGUACAUGUAUUUAAUCAUAUUCCCAAAUGAACUUCUAAGUCUUUGCUUGUGGAGCUUUAUUACCAAGGCACCAUUUUAAUGUCUGAUAUAAGAGACACCAUGUUCGGAAGUUGUACGGACAUCAGAGGACAGCGUUUCAUUUCUGAGGUUGCUAAAAUGGUCUAAAGAGUUUUCUUUCUCUGUCAGACUCUUUACAAAAAGUAAAAAUAGUGACUGUUUCCUGUAAGGCAGUUCUUAGCAGCUUCUGAGAUUAAAUUAGGGUUUUCUUCCUUUGGAUACACUCCUGGAAGUUGUCAGUUUGGAGGAUUCCAUGAUUCACAAAAAGCCCUAUUUUAUAUUGUACGUGAAACCUCAAAGCUUCAGUGGAAUGCAAAGUGUGACUGAUCAGUAUGUUAAAUGUGACCCUUUUACAACUGGCUGAAAGAUGCUAGGAUGCAAAGAGGGAAUCAAGCUGAAGGUGUGUGCACAGUGUCAUUGACCAACCUCAAAUCAGUUAGUUUGUUGCAUGACUGCAAAUAAUUAACUUGAGCUGAAAGACAAGAAAUUCCUCACCAUUACCUGCAGUAUAGCUAAGAGAAUGUUACAUGCUUAAAGUUAUUCUCCAAAAUGCAACUGCUUAUUUAUUCAGAUUUUACUGAUAGUAAGUAACAUGUUCACAUUUAAAAUAGGACUCUGGUUUUAUAAAACAAAAACAUUAAUAAUGGGUACAGUGCCUUGUAAAAGUAUCCUUACCCCUUGAACUCCUCUACAUUUGUCACAUUACAACUACAAACUUCAAAAAAGGUUUGUCAAGCAGCAAGAGUAUCUACAUAUUUACAUAUACACAAUAUACAUUGUAUAUUUUUAAUACUAUUAUAUUAAAAACAGACAAAGAAAAAGUGGCACAAACUGAUGAUAUUUAGUUUUUUGAUAAGCAAAUCUCUUAACAAUUUAAGUCUGAAAAGUGUGGCAUGCAUUUCAGACUUGCAUCACAGGAUGGGGUAAGAGAAGUACACAUAAAACUUUAAUUGGUUUUGUCUGUAGAUUAUUAUAACUAAAAGACAUGUGGCCUCUUCUACUCUGAAGAUCUCUACUAAGAAUUUUCUCCUGGCUCUCAUUGGUUGUCUUGGAGAAGGUGGAAUAGUCUGAUUUUUAAUAACAAUGUGAUGACAGUUUUAACAAAUAUGUAAAAAAAA